AUGGUGGAACGUGCUGCGAUGGAAGCAGCCAUGGGUCGGGAAAGCCUGGAGAUGGCAACCUUGGCUGCCCUGCUGACGGUCUUGCAGCGGCGCCGCUACAACGCGGUCGCCCUCGGCUAUCGUGGCCUGAGCGGUGCACUCCGGGUGGUGGAGGUCGAGCUCGAACCAGGCCUCACCCUCAAAUCGUUGGUGGCAACUGUGACGAGCUUGCUCGCCGCCAGUGGCGAGAGCAGCACAGAAGCACCCGAGGUUACCCUCUCUUUCGGGGCCUCGACCGAAGCGCGCGAAGUGGGCGAAGUGGGCCCGGGCGAGUGGAUCGCCAGCCUGGAGGGGACAAGCUUGGUGCUCAAGGGACCAACAGUGGAAGAGGAGGAGUCCUUCAAGGCCUGCUUCGAGGCCUUUGCCAAAGACCCCGACCAGAACCUCUUUGAGGUCAGCUUUGUGCCGAAGAGCGCUGCUGAGGCCGUCAAGCGCUGGGGCUCUGCCACAAAGUCCUUCAGCGACCUACGCUGCGUCCACGAGAUCGUGUACGAACGUCACCGCAACGGAACCGCAGUAGCAGUGCAGGGAGCUGGCUUCAAGAUCACUUAUGCAGAGCUGCACCAGCGAGCGGCGGCCGUUUGCCGGGCCGUGCGGGAGCACCGGGGUGCUGCUUUAAUGUGCAUGGGUCGCGGUGAGGCUAUAGGACCCACGUUCCUUGGCAUCCUGCAAUCCGGCUUUCCGAUGGUGCCUGUGGAUGUAGCCUGGCCACAGGAGCGCAUCAAGCAGUCCGCAUUGGAUGCAGAUGUUGCAGUGGCCUUGGUGGAGCCCUCCUCACUAGCUUUGCUUCCUGAGCUACCUUGCCCCGCUCUGGUGGUGGACGGAGCCUUCUAUGCCAAGUACGCCGCAGAGCCGGACUUGUGCAAGGCUCAUGAGGGAGACACGGCUCUGAUGCUCUUCACCAGUGGCUCCACAGGAAAGCCCAAGGGCAUCGUGCUCUCCCAUGGCUACGUCACCACGUUGGUGGCGGGCAUCGCAGAGUCCAAGAGCAUGACUCCGGCUACAAAGACUCUGUGCUACCACUCCCCGACUUGGAUGCCCUUCUUGGACAACCUCUUUGGUCCCUUGGUGUCUGGAGGCACUUGCCUCUUUUUCCCAGAGAGCGAGAAGCACAUAGUGCUGCCCUCGGAUCUCAACCAGUUCGCCAAGGAACAUGGAGCUACACAUGGGGGGUUCGUACCGGCAGUGCUCGACCUUUUCGCGGAGGAGGGCCUGCCGCCGAGCCUAUCUCACAUCGGAGUCGGUGGUGCGGCGGUCCCAUCGGAGCUUUGCGAGAGAGUGGUGCCCAUGCUUCCUCAGGCCUCCGGCGGUGCGCCUGGCAUCCUCUACACGGGCUACAGUGGUACGGAGCAGGGAGAUGUCACGCAACUGCAGAUGAGGAGCCUCCAGGACGUCGAGGCUGGCACCCAUGAGAGCGGCUUCGUCACUGCUGGGCACCCACACGCAGCACAGACCAUGGCUAUCCUAGAUCAGGGUCUCAUGCGCGUGGGCGUCGGCGCUAUCGGCGAGAUCACUGUGGCAGGGCCCGGUCUGGCCUCUGGCUACCUGAAUCUGCCAGAGAAGACGGCCGAAACCUUCCUUCCUGCUUGCCGAGCUCUUGAUUGUCGACGGGCCGUACGCACCGGGGACCUGGCGCAUUGGACGAACACCGGCAAGCUGAAGUUAGUCGGCCGAAGAGACUCCAUGGUCAAGGUCCGUGGUGCCCGGAUAGAGCUUGGGGAGGUAGAAGGCACUCUUGCGGCCCACCCAGCCGUCAAGUUCGCCGUGGUAACCGUGCACGAGGACAAGCUGGUAGCUUACAUUCACCCAGCUGUCCCGGCCAACCUGCGCGACUUCUGCAAGGAGCACUUGGUGUCCUACAUGGUGCCGCACAUUUUCCAAGGCCUUGAAGAGGUUCCGCGGCUACCCACCGGCAAGGUGAACAAGAAGGCACUGCCAAAGCCGGAGGCGCGCGCAGACGGUGCAGAGGUCGUGAUGGAGCUGGACAGCUUGGGUCAGAUGCGCAAGUUUACACGCAAGGCUGCGUCGGAAGACAAGGUCCUGGACAACGUGCGCGCAAUUCUCAUUGGCAUCGUACUCCAUUCACAUGCCAUUCCACUGAACCCGUUGAACCCUUCCGAGAUGAUCGACGGCGAGUUUCAACCCCUUACCUCACACCAGUGGGGUCCAAGGGAGUUGCUCUUGCUGCAGGUGGUUCGAAGUGGAGGAUGGUCUUCUUUGGCAUUCCUGAGUGGCUUCGACGACACACGUGCCAUGCGCCCGUACGGCCUCACUUACCGCGAGCCUCUGUUUCUGGUCCUGUGGCUUCUCUUGGACUUCAACUGGACCAUGUGGUACCUUCCCGUGUUCGUGUACAUGCGGGCCGCCUUCUGCGCCAUGCACCAUCUUGGCCUCGAGAAGCUGCAUUUGCUGCUCGCGUCACAGAUCUGGAUCAUUGCACCUGCUUUCAUCGACAUGUACAUCGGGUGGCGAGAAGGCCCCGGGUCGCCGCAGCCGUACCUUGAUGCCACAUGCCCAUCGCAGUGCUUCUGCCCUUGGCAGGCGAUGCCUUGGGCCCAGACUGUGGCGCACUACACAGCCGGUUGGUGGGUGCAACCAAGCUCGCCAGCGGCAAGCAGCAUGGUGGGCCAUGCACUCAUUUUCAUCCCGUGCUACUGGAUUGGGUUCUACAGCGGCGACAAAAUUUUCAAGGUGCUCACCUUCGUUGCAGACGACCAGAACAUCCUCCGCCGUUUGGUGGUUGCUGGAGUGGCCAUGGGCGUGUAUGCCAUGAUGUACUUGGGAGGACAGCCGAUAAUUCAAGGUUUUGAUGACACUUGCCAGAGCUUUUGGAGCAUGGACGGUGCUUUCCUAUGGGGACAAGUAGGCAAAAACUUGCUCUACUAUGCCCUCAACCUCUCGAUGUCCUUGCUUUAUGUUGUGGUGAUUGCAGCCCUGGUGCCUUGCCACCUGCAGUACUUAGCAAAAGUGUGUUUUGCUUCGCUGAUUGUCUCCGGUCUGAUUCCACAGCCUCUUGACACUCCGAGCCAGAUCGUUGUGUUGCGGGAGACAGUGAAUGCGAACUGGGUUGGCGUGGCGGAGCUCUUUUGGAUGUUCUACGUUCCAUUCCUUUUCGAGUUUGUCGUUGGCGCGAUCGUCACAACACUUCUUCCCAUCGUCAUCAAGUGCGGAAUUGCUGCAUGGAACCGCUUGCAGAAGUGA